CGCUCUUCCCACUUUAUAACACAGAGUAUCCAGUCAAGCUGAGCGUUUCCCCGCGCACACACGGGUCUGCUGUGCGCUCUGUACCUCCUUCACCCCGCUGAACCGGACAGGUAAACUGCUGCCAGGUGAGGGAAUGAGCUAUCCCGGGUCUAAUGGCUCUCUGACACACCGGGGCUGAGGAACUGCUGACUCCAUAUCGGGGGAAACAUUAACCACGGUCUCCAGACAUGGCUGUGUUAACGUGUCGCGUCCAGUACCUGGAGGAUACCGACCCGUUCGUGUGUACGAACUUCCCCGAGCCCAGGAGACCUCUCCAGUACGAGCUGAAGGAGAACCUGCCGCUGAACGAGCAGAUAGCUGGAGUUCAUAAGCUGCUGCAGGCGCCUCUGAAGUUAGAGGAGUGUGCACUACAAGUGUCCCCUAAUGGAAACUACCUGGAUCUGGAUUCUUCACUGACAGAGCAGAGGGAUGAACUGGAACAGUUUUACGAAGACAUAGCUAUAGGCAAAAAGCCCAUCCUCAUCCUCCGUACCCAGCUGUCGGUCCGCGUCCACUCCAUCCUAGAAAAGCUGUAUAACUCCCAAGGGCCGGAACUCCGCCGCUCCCUCUUCUCCUUAAAGCAGCUGUUUCAGGAUGAUAAGGACCUGGUACCAGAGUUCGUGAACUCUGAUGGCCUGACUUGUUUUAUAAAAGUGGGCGCAGAAGCGGACCACAACUACCAAAACUACAUCCUAAGAGCUCUCAGCCAAAUCAUGUUGUUUGUGGAUGGCAUGAAUGGAGUGAUAAACCAUAACGAGACGGUGCAGUGGCUCUACACCCUCACUGGCAGCAUGUCUCGGCUGGUCGUGAAGACGGCUCUGAAGCUGCUGAUAGUGUUUGUUGAAUACACUGAGUCUAACGGUCCCCUGCUCAUACAAGCUGUCAACACGGUGGAUGUUAAACGAGGUGUGAAAUCCUGGUCAUACUUGACUGAUAUGCUGGAGGAGAAGAAUGGGUCUGAUACAGAGCUCCUGGUCUACACUAUGACCCUUAUCAACAAGACUUUAGCGGCUCUGCCAGAUCAGGACUCGUUCUAUGAUGUGACUGACUCUCUUGAGCAGCAGGGAAUGGAACGCAUCAUGCAGAAACACAUGAGCAGCCGAGGCAUUGACCCCGACCUCAAGCAGCAGUUUACCAUAUACGAGAAUGCUCUAAAGUAUGAGGACGGAGAGAUGGAUGAAGCAUGUCCACACAUCCGAAAGGAGCGCAGGAAAGUGGCCAGCAGUGAGCAGGAAGGCAGGAGAAGCCGACGGGCUUCUGCACAGAGCUUUCCAGACGUUCCACUCUCUUCCUCUCUCCCUGCAUCUUCAUCUUCAUCAGUCUCCUCUCACAGUCCCACUACAGGUCUGAGCCGUGCCACGUCUCCUUUACCCUCAGACAGGCCAUCCUCCCCUAUACCCACUGUCAGUGUUAGCCCAGAACCAUUCAGCCCGUCCUCCAGUGUAUCUGAGUCCCCCUCUCAGAGCUCCUCCCCUGUAACGUCCCCUGUAGUGAGCAAUGGAACGGCAGCCAAUUCCUCGGACCUGGAGCAGCGCCUGGGGCGCUCUUUCAUGAGUCAGUACAUGGCUCAUAUGGGGAUUUCUAGGCGGAGGUUAAAAAAGGCGGGGUCCAUAACAGAGGAGCCCUCCACCCCCUCCAAAAGCACAUCUCCCACAGCGGCGCCUCCCCAGGAGAAGCAGACAGAGCCGGAGCAGCAGAACCACACGGAGGGAAAAGGAGGCUUUAACUCAGAGGAUUGUAGUGUGAAUAAGGACCGGCCUGUUCUGAGGAACUAUGCAGACACGUUUCUGCGCACUCUGGCAGCAACACACUGGGAGAAGAGGAAGCCCCAGCCCGUGAAGCAGCAGGUCUCUCUGAGUGAGAGCGUGUCUCCUGACCCAGACGUCUACUCUCAGUCUACUGAAACGGAGCAGCCAGCCUCUGAAGAGACGGGUCACAGCAGUGGUCAAGAGCCCCAGUCUCCAGGGGGAGACUCCAGCAGGAGAAGCCCCUCCCCGAGCAGACUGGAGCAGCCAGGAGAACCACACACCACCCAGCAGAAUGAACCAGGGGACAGCGUACAACGGCAGGGCAGCGUGGCGGAGCGGCACAGCACCCUCUCCAAUGACAGGAAGUUCAUGCUGGACAUGCUUUAUGCCAAGUCCUCCACUUCCAGCGGCACCGGCAGUAACUCUGGGCCUCUAAAGAGCCCUAGCAUGGACGAGAGUUUAGCAGAAAGUGGUGGAGUCGAAGAUGCAAGCAUCUCCAGCCUGGCUGGCCGUCUGUCCAGCCUCCGCUCGCACUCCUCCCAGUCCAGCGAGGAUGCGUCCCGGCGGGCGGAACUGGAGGGGCUGGGUGGCAGUGCCCAAGCGGCACGGGCCAGGCUGGCAGAGGAGCAGAAGCACCGGCGGGUACGACCACAGUACAGCAUUGAUGCAGAGACACAUUCACGCAGUCUGGAGAAGACCAUGAUGACCCCACUGUCCAGGGACAACCAGGAAGCGUGGGAGAAUCUGCAGCCCAGCUCUAAAGCCCUGCGGAUCAAAGACCUGGACUUCUCUGACCUUCUGGAGGAGGAGGACAUUGAUGUGCUGGAUAUAGACACGUUCGACACUGGCAUGGUCAAUGGUAUACCACCACCUCCACCACCCGGAGGAGGACUGGGUUGUCUUCCUCCUCCUCCACCUCCUCCUCCUCCACCUGGGCUUGCAGGACUGUCUCCUCCACCACCUCCUCCUCCUCCACCAUCUUCUGCAAGACUUAGUGGACCUCCACCUCCUCCUCCACCCCCAGGAAUGCCCCCUCCUCCUCCCUCUCUGGCCGCAGACCCUGCCUUCAUCAAGAAACGCAAAACGGUCAAACUGUUCUGGAAGGAGCUCAAGCAGCCUGACAGCCCCAGGAAGUGUAAGUUUGGACGGGGCACAGUGUGGGCGUCUCUGGACAAGGUCAGUGUGGACACGGACAAGCUGGAGCAUUUGUUUGAGUCCAAGGCAAAGGAUCUUCCUGUGGCAAAGAAAGGUGCUGAGGUGAAGAGAGCAGAAAUUCAUGUUCUGGAUUCUAAGAGGAGCAACGCCAUAAACAUCGGCAUGACUGUUUUACCUGCUGUGCACAUCAUCAAAACUGCUAUUCUCAACUUUGAUGAAUUCGCCAUCAGCAAAGAAGGGAUUGAGAAAAUUCUGACUAUGACUCCCACAGAAGAGGAGAAGCAGAAGAUCCAGGAGGCUCAGCUGGCCAGUCCUGACGUGCCUCUGGGGACAGCAGAGCAGUUUCUGCUCACUUUAUCGUCCAUCAGUGGCCUUACAGCACGCCUGCAACUCUGGGCCUUCAAACUCAACUAUGAGAGCCUGGAGAAGGAGAUAGCAGAGCCCCUCUUCGACCUGAAGCUCGGCAUGGAGCAGCUUGCCAAGAACAAGACCUUCAAGCGUAUCCUAGCAACCCUGCUGGCCAUCGGCAACUUUCUCAACAGCUCCAGCGCGAAGGGAUUUGAGCUGAGUUACCUGGAGAAGGUGAUUGAGGUGAAGGACACCGUGCACAGGCAGUCUCUGUUGCAUCACUGCUGUAACUUUGUGGUGGAGAAUUACCCAGACACGUCAGACGUCUACUCAGAAAUUUCAGCCAUCACCCGCUCUGCUAAAGUUGACUUUGAGCAGUUAUCCGACAACCUGGUUCAGCUGGAGAGAAAGUGCAAGACAUCGUGGGACAACCUGAAGGUCAUGGCCAAGCAUGAGACCAAACUCCAGCUGAAGAACAAAAUGACAGAGUUUCUCAAAGACUGCACAGAGAGGAUCAUCAUUCUGAAAGUGGUGCACAGACGCAUUAUCAAUAGGUUCCACUCAUUUCUUUUAUACCUUGGUCAGCCAUCCUAUUCGGUCCGGGACACUAAAAUAACUCAGUUCUGCAAGAUCAUCAGCGAGUUCUCUCUGGAGUACCGUACCACCAGAGAGAGGGUCCUCACUCAGAAACGCAAGCGGGCAGCCCACCGGGAACGCACCAAGACCCGCGGCAAACUGAUCACCGAAACUGAGAAAUUCUCUGGAGCCGUCCCGUCCAUCUCCCAGGAUAGCCCCUCCCCCGUCUCCAUGACGACGGAAGCCGAGCCAGCCCAAGAGGAACAUGAGAACAUGAAGAACCUGCUUAUCGCUAAUGAUGACCGAAGCAAACUGCGCAGGUCCCGCGCUGUACGAAGUAUGGGAAGAGUCAGUCCAUCGCCAUCUAUGGUCAAAGAGGAUGGGGUAAAUUUGCCAGAUGAUGCAACAGAUGAGAUCAUGGAUAGACUGGUCAAGUCUGUUACCCAGAAUCCCUCAGAGAGGGCCUCUAGCCCUAAAGAGAGGAAGAGGUCACGGCUGAACAGGAAAUCAUUACGGAGGACACUAAAGAGUGGGCUGAGUGUGGACGUGGUGCAGGCGCUGGGUCUCAACAAGGCUACUGAGAAAGUUUGAGACUUCAAAACUGAACAGCCUGAUCUCGGAUUUGCUUUUGCCUGCUGUGUUCUGAUCAUGGAGUGAAGAAACUGAUUCUGCACCCAGCGAAUCUCAAGACAAUGAAUUAAGACAAUCCUGAGAAACAAACUCCGCCUGUCUGGCUGAUCUUCUGGUGAAGACCGUUUCUCAAUCUCCUGCUUCAAGUUGUGGAUAUUUUUUUUGCACCAGAGCUGAUCACAGAGAACACUGAACUAUUCUGAUAUCAGAUACUGUAAGAGACUCUCGAUAGGAAAGCACAAAUGAAGUAUGCUGUCUGUCAGAGUAUUUUAUUUGGUACAUUUGAGUUUUAAAGUAUUAAACAGCAGACGAGAUUUGUUGAUGUAAUAAUAUAUGUGAUCCAACAAUGAUGUAAGUUUUAGCAGAAAAAAAUGUACAGGUGCCUUUUUUUUUUUGGACAAUAAGAGCAUUUCUGUUUUUUUUUUGUGUGAUUUUUUUUUUUAUGUAGCAUAUCAGCAGCAGCUUUUUCAUUAUUUGUUUUUUGUUUGGACACUUUUUUUUUCUUUGCAUGGAGUAGAGGGAGUGUUUAAUAUGGACACAAGUUUUUUUUGUAAAUGUUGAAUUGUUACUGUUCCUACACUGAUAUUAGUUUAAGUUCUAUUUAUUUAAAAUUUAAAGGAAUGGUUCACAAAAAAAAAACAGAUUUACAUGGUUUUUAAUCUAAUCCAGACACAGUUGGUUGACAUGUUUGUUGUUCAGUGUUAGCCCCUUUAGUUUUGCACUAGAGCUGCGAGGGCACCAAUUAUCUCCUUCGAUUUUUCCCAAAUUUGAACACCACUUGCAGUAAGCAUGCUGCCGGUUAAUUGAGUGUAAAAGUGGGGUGUGCUUUUUGUGGUAGAGGAGGAUUUGCAUGCAUAGUCAAUAGGCUAGGUGAAGACAGCAUGUGCAGCAUGCAGAGUCUCUCGGACUCCGGCUGCUGAUGCAAGCUCCAUAAUCCAGGAUUUGAACCAGCGUUCCUUGGACCAUAGUGGCAUAGUUUUGUGGUGGAUCACUCUGUGUCCAUUAAGCGUCUUUUAAUAAACUGUGUAAACCUGAUGUUUUUUUUCAGUGAACCUCUCCUCCUUUACCGUUGGUGUUUUGGCUGAUGGAAGAUACUGUAGAUAGUCAGUGUAAAGUAUCAACAGGUUGUCUGAGCAAACCGCUGUGUGUGGAGGUCACAAGUAGAUCUUGAUUAGAGGGGAUAUAAACUAGGUCACGUUCAUUUUGUGGUGUUCUCUCUCUUUUUUUUCUUAGCCCUUUUAUUAUUUAUCUCAACACAUUUUUGUGGCAGGCUUGUGGAUGCUACAACACAGAGUUCUGGGUUUGAGCUCGGAUAGUUCUAUUGCACAGGUGAACAGAGCCAAUGUUGAACUAAAAACGGAACCAGGGUAACUAGGUGAUGAGACUGGGUCUUUUUUUUUUUAGGUCUCAUCUAUUGGUUAUUUUUACCAAUUCAACAUUGGUUUGAUUUUUCUUUUCUUUUGGAAAAACCACUGUGAUUUAUUAUUAUUUUUCCUCAAAAGCUAAAAGCUGUUCAGUUCACUAGUUCAAAAUCUGUACAAAACACUAUAAUACACACACACACCACAUUGGAAUAUUAAGAGUAAUUUAAGGAAUUGUAUGGCUCCUGCAUUUUUGCACAUUUUUGCAUUUUGUAGCCUGGUUAUUUGUGGCUGUCUGCAACAAUAAGAUCGCUCCCAAUAAGAUAAACUCUCUUUCUGUGUUCUUUUAGUUUUUCUUUCCUUUUUUUUGUGGUCCCCAAACCCUGUAAAGGCACAGUGCAUGUGUUCUUCUCAUUCUGAAUGUAUCUCUAUAGGCGUGCUCCACUGUUAAGAGGUUUCUGCUCUUACCAUUGUUGGCACAUAUUUUGCGAAAAAUAAAGGAAAAAAAAAAACAUUUUUAAGCAGAAAUAAAACCUUAUGCACAGUAUUUUUAUCUCUUAUGUGUUUGUAUGUGUUUAUGUAUGGCCUUGAAAAGAGUGUCUGUACUCAGUACUCAGAAUAAAGUAUUUUAACAGAC